CCUAAUGGAAGUUUAAACGCACAGUUUGUCGCAUCCACGCAGCUUUUUGUCGUUUUUGCUCCGAUUUAGGAUACUGAUAAAACAAUGAGUCAACGGCAGGUUUUACAAGUGUUUGAGCAGUACCAGAAGGCAAGAACACAAUUUGUGCAAACUGUAGCAGAUCUUGCAACAAGACCACAAAAUACUGAAACACUUCAAAAUGCUGGUGUAAUGUCCCUUUUGAGGCCUCUCCUUUUGGAUGCAGUCCCAACUAUUCAGCAGACAGCAGCCCUGGCUCUCGGAAGGCUUGCCAACUAUAACGAUGACCUGGCUGAGGCUGUAGUAAAGGGAGACAUUCUUCCUCAGCUUGUGUACUCCCUGGCUGAGCAAAACCGAUUCUAUAAGAAAGCAGCUGCAUUCGUUCUUCGGGCUGUUGCUAAGCACUCCCCAGAGCUGGCCCAGGCCGUGGUGGACUGUGGAGCACUGGACGCUCUUGUCGUCUCCUUGGAGGAGUUUGACCCUGGGGUCAAAGAGGCUGCGGCAUGGGCAAUAAGCUACAUUGCCAGGCACAAUGCACAGCUGUCUCAGGCAGUGGUUGAUGCCGGAGUGGUGCCUCUGCUUGUGUUAUGCAUCCAGGAGCCUGAAAUUGCCCUGAAGAGGGUUGCUGCUUCCGCUUUGAGCGAUAUAGCCAAGCACUCCCCAGAGCUGGCUCAAACCGUGGUGGACACAGGGGCAAUCGCCCACCUAGCACAGAUGAUCCUAAACCCAGAUGCCAAAUUAAAGAGGCAGGUUUUUUCAGCUCUCAGUCAAAUCGCCAAGCAUUCCGUGGACGUAGCCGAGAUGGUGGUGGAGGCCGAGAUAUUCCCCGCUGCGCUGGUUUGCCUAAAGGACCCUGAUGAAUAUGUUCGGAAGAAUGUCGCCACUCUUAUUCGGGAAAUCACAAAACACACCCCAGAACUGUCUCAGAUAAUAGUGAAUAUGGGGGGUGUAGCAGCUGUGAUUGACUACCUCGGGGACUCCAAAGGGAAUGUUCGCCUGCCUGGGAUCAUGAUGCUGGGCUAUGUGGCUGCACACUCCGAGAACUUAGCCAUGGCUGUGAUUGUAUCUAAAGGAGUGCCACAGUUGGCUAUCUGUCUGGAAGAGGAGCAAGACGACCACCUCAAAGCAGCCACAGCUUGGGCGUUUGGCCAGAUUGGCCGACACACACCCGAACAUGCACGAGCUGUUGCUGUGGCCAACGCGUUCCCUAAACUCCUAAAUCUCUAUUUGGACACUGAAAGUUCUGAAGACCUGCAGGUCAAGGCAAAGAAGGCAUUGAAGAGCAUCCUUCAAAAGUGUACUUAUCUACCAGCACUGGAGCCUCUUCUCUAUGAAGCUCCCAGCAACAUUCUUAAACAUGUCAUCUGCCAGUUCAGUAAGGUUCUUCCUCAUGACAGUAAGGCACGGCGCUUGUUUGUUACCAGUGGUGGUCUGAAGAAAGUGCAGGAGAUCAAAGCAGAACCUGGUUCUGCAAUUCAGGAAUAUAUCAAUGCAAUCAACAGCUGCUACCCUGAGGAGAUUGUCAGGUAUUAUUCCCCUGGUUACUCUGAGACCUUGCUGGAAAGGAUUGAAAGCUAUCAGCCAGUGUGAACAUGUGCAACACUUUCUUUACUGAAACACUAUGGAUGUUUUACUUUUUAAAAAGUGAACUUGUGAAAAAUAAAAAGUGAA